AUGAGUCUGCGAAGCGGGGCCCGGCGAGUAUUUGACUCUUUGCGACUGUCCUCGUGUGCACCUGCCACCCUCCCUGCCUCUCGCUCUGCUGCUGCCUGUGGCUUCCCCCCGUUGGCGCGUUUCAGCACCUCUCCCGCAACCAUGGCGAACCUGUCCGCCUCCAUUGAGGGCCUCUCCCUCCAGUCCACAGACAAGAGCUCCAAAUUUCAGGACUGCUUCCCGUCGUUGAACCCCAUCGAUAUCUACCGCGAGCAUCUUGCCGAGGAAUUGGCCAAGGUCUCCGGUGUCGACGCCGAGAAGAUCUUCCCUCGCAUCGCGUGGACGGCCACGCUGGAGAAGGGUGAUCUGUCGCUGGCGGUCCCUGCUCUGCAACUCAAGGGGAAGAACCCCAAGGAACUGUGCGCUGAAUUCGCCGCCAAGUUCCCCGAGUCCGACCUCAUCCACCCUCCGACAGCAACGGGCCCCCACUUGCAAUUCUUCUUCAAGCCUCAGCCUCUGGCCCGCACCGUCCUCCCCCGGAUCUUGACGGAGAAAGCGGCGUAUGGAACCAAUGGCAACCAGGGUCUGAAGGACCCAUCAGACCCCUCCAAGGGCAAGAAAAAGAUCAUUGUCGAGUUCUCCUCGCCCAACAUUGCCAAACCUUUCCAUGCCGGUCAUCUGCGCAGCACGAUCAUCGGUGGUUUCCUCUCCAAUCUGUACACGGUCAUGGGGUGGGACGUGGUCAAGAUGAACUAUCUGGGUGACUGGGGCAAACAGUACGGCCUGCUGGCCAACGGCUACAAAUACUUCGGCAGCGAGGAGGCUCUAGCCAAGGACCCGAUCAACCACCUGUUCGAGGUUUACGUCAAGGUGAACGUCCUCGUUGCUGAGCAGGCCGGCCCGAUCAAAGAAUUGAAGGACCAGAUCAAGGCCAAGAAGGACAAGGGCGAGGAUGUCGCCGCCCUGGAGGCAGAGCUGGCUCCCCUGGUGGAUGCCAGCGAGGACGAAAAGGCCCGCCGCUACUUCAAGAGCAUGGAGGAUGGAGACCCGGAAGCGCUUGGUCUCUGGCGCCGAUUCCGUGACCUCAGUAUCGAGAAAUACAAGCAGACGUAUGCCCGCCUCAACAUUGACUUCGAUGUCUACUCCGGAGAAUCGCAGAUCAAAGCCGAAAGCAUGGAAGCUGCCUACGAGCAGAUGAAGAAGGCUGGUGUGUCCGAGGAGUCCGAUGGCGCCGUCAUUGUCGAUUUCACCAAACACGGAGCCAAGAAGCUGGAGAAGGCCAUCAUUGUUCGCAAGGACGGUACCCCGCUCUACUUGACUCGUGAUAUUGGUGCGAUCACGGAGCGUGACCAGGCAUAUCACUUUGACAAGAUGAUCUAUGUCGUUGCCAUGCAACAGGAUCUGCACUUGGCCCAGCUCUUCAAGAUUACCGAAUUGAUGGGCCACAAGGAUCUGGCCAGCCGCUGCCAGCACAUUAACUUCGGUAUGGUCCGUGGGAUGAGCACCCGCAAGGGUACCGUCAAGUUCCUGGAUGAUAUCCUGCAGGAUGUCGGGGACAAGAUGCACGAAGUCAUGAAGAAGAAUACUGUCAAGUACGAGCAGGUUGCGGACCCGGUGAAGACCGCCGAUAUCUUGGGUAUCACGGCCGUCAUGGUACAGGAUAUGACUGGCAAGCGUAUUAACGGCUACGAGUUCAACUUGGAGGCCAUGACCUCAUUUGAGGGCGACACGGGCCCUUACCUGCAGUACGCCCACGCCCGUCUGUGCUCGAUGGCCCGCAAGGCGGAGCUGAACAUGGAUGAACUCCACACGGCCAACUUCGAUCUCCUCACCGAGAAACACGCGGUCGAUCUGACCCGCUUGCUUGCCCAAUGGCCCGAUGUGCUCUUGCAGACUGCUAAGACUCUCGAGCCCAUCACUGUCCUCAGCUACCUGUUCCGUAUGACGCGCAUGCUGAGCUCGAGUUACGAUGUGCUCAAGGUGGUCGGCAGCGAACCCGAGCUGAAAAAGGCCCGCAUGGCCCUGUACGCUUCGGCUCGCCAAGUCCUGCACAAUGGCAUGCGGGUGCUUGGUCUCAGCCCCGUGGAGCGGUAUGUUUCCUUUUCCCCUUUUCCAAGACGUUUAUACUGA